CUUAGGGGCUGUUUGUUUCAGCCUCUUAAUGGUUCAGAUGUCUGAAUGGUUCAGCACUUAAUGGUUCAGACUGUUUGUUUCAGCCUCUUAAUGGUUCAGAUGUCUGAAUGGUUAAGAGAUUUGCCUCUGAAUGGUUAAGUAUUAUACAGAACCUCUGGUUCAGCACUUAACUAUUCAGAAGUUGCCAAACAGCCCCUUAAAGAACAAGCCUAACUGCUCCAACCCCCCACCUAUCAAUGGCAAUUCUUUACAGAUCGUCUUUCAUAACGCGCCGGCCAGUGAAUUUGGCACGGAGUCACCGGAGAAGCAAGCUAAUAACCAUUCAUUUGGAUGCCUUCGGAGACCAGAAUGGCUAAGCGCGAGCUAUCCAGUACUUUGAGAAACUUGAAGUUUAUGCAAAGGGCACCCAACAACAGAGAGGAGAAAGCUAAGGAGGCCGAAGACGUCUUGCCUGAUCGUAUCUUCACUUCUUCGAGUGCUCCCAAACGAUGAAAAUGGGUCGAGUGGAGAUGGACAUGA